UCUGCAACCCAUUAAAUUCACUUUCACUCUCAUCACCACCACUCACUCCCCUCAAAACCGCUUUCUAAAACCAUUAGUUGAUUUCCGACCAAGCUCUCUAUUGCUUAGCUAUCCAUCCAAAACCAAAAAUAGUUAACGUUACUCCCAAUUUUCACAUCAUUUUACAGCAAAAAAAAGGGUGAGACGAAGAUGGAGAGACAGAUCAAGCUAACAAAGAAACAAUAAGCUUUGAAAGAUUUGAUUUUUCUGAGUUAAUUUAGACAGCCAAAAACUUUUAAAGAUCUUCCAAAAAUCGAAAGAUAGCAAGAAUGUCCGAGUCAAACAUGAACAACGAAAACAAUGACAUGAACAUGUACACUGAUGCUGGACUUAACAACACAAAUGGUGGAGCUGAUCAUGUUGGAGGAGCUGAUGCUGAAGGAGCUAAUGUUGGAGGAGCUGGUGUUGAAGGAGCUGCUGGUGUUGGAGCUGAUGCUGAAGGAGCUGGUGGUGUUGGAGCUGAUGCUGAAGGAGCUGGUGUUGGAGGAGCUGGUGGAGUUGGAGCUCAAGAAAUGGACGAUGUGAAUACUGAACGUCACGAUCGUGAAGAAGCAAGGGGAAGCAAUGAAAGUCCUCCACGUAAGAAAAAAAGAUACAAUCGUCACAGCCCAUUUCAGAUUAAGGGGAUGGAUACUUUCUACAAAGAGUGUCCUCACCCAGAUGAAAAACAAAGGAGAGAACUUGCCUAUCAAUUGGAUUUAACUCCUGCUCAGAUCAAAUUCUGGUUCCAGAACAAACGCACCCAAAUAAAGAAUCAUCAAGAACGUAUUGAGAACACAGAACUUCGGAAAUCGAACAACAACCUUAGAGAUCAAAACAUAGGGCUCCGAGAAGCUGUUCUUAUAGCCGUAUGCCCUAAGUGUGGAGGCCCAACUGCAAUUGGCGACAUGUGCUUCGAAGAGCAUCAUCUUCGCAACCAAAACGCUCGGCUACAGGAAGAGAUCAAUCAAUUGUCUGCUCUGGCGUCAAGCUUUGCCAACAAACAGGUGACGAUGACUAAGGCUAUCUCUCCUCCUACUCCUCUUCCUCCACUUCCUUCUCUUCCUUCUCUUCCUCCUCUUCCUCCUCAUCGACCUUUCGAGUUCGAGGCAGGAUCAUCUUCAUCAACAACUCAAAGAGAUUUGUAUGGAAGUGACGGAAACCUUUCGAUGGAAAUCAUCACUGGGCCGGCAGAGGCUGAUAAGCCAAUGAUCAUAGAGCUGGCAGUAAGAGCCAUGAAUGAGCUAAUGUUGAUGGCUCAAGUAGCUGAACCACUGUGGACGGGAGGAGUUAAUGGCACUAGCUUGCAUUUGGACUUGGAUGAAUACACAAGGAUGUUUCAGAAGGGUCUCGGUCCUAAAGUGAGCGGGUAUAGAACCGAGGCAUCCAGGGUUACAGGGCUCGUGCCAAUGAUUCCUAUUAACAUUGUUGAGAUGCUCAUGGAUUCGGAUAUGUGGUCAACAAUGUUUGUCGGAAUGAUUAAUAGAGCCAUAACUCAUGAGCAAAUUCCCACUGAUGUUUCUGGAAGCUACAAUGGAGUUCUCCAAAUCAUGAGUGCUGAGUACCAAGUGUUUUCGCCGCUAGUCUCAACCCGUCAAAGCUACUUCGCCCGCUACUGUAAACAGCAAGGAGAUAAUUUGUGGGCGGUGGUGGAUUUUUCCAUCGACCAUUUCCUUCCAAAUAUCCACCUGAGAUGUCGCCGCCGACCUUCUGGUUGCUUGAUUCAAGAAAUUCCUAAUGGCUACUCCAAGGUUACAUGGGUUGAAAACGUGGAAGUAGAUGACAGAGACGCAGAGCAAAACAUGUUCAAGCACUUCAUCCGUUCUGGUCAAGCUUUUGCUGCUAACCGCUGGGUUGCAACAAUGGAACGCCAGUGCGAGAGGAUAGCUAGCAUCAUCACUACAAAAUUUCAAUCCGUGGAUUCUGCUGAUCACUUAGUGCUGACGGACCAUGGAAAGAAGAGCAUUCUGCAACUAGUUGAGCGGAUCGCGAGAGGCUUCUUUAUUGGGCUGAAAAAUUCGAUGGGUACGACGUUUUCUGGUGUUGCAGGAGAUGAUAUCAGAGUGAUGACAAUGAAGAACAUGAAUGAUCCAGGAAGGCCUCCCGGUUCUGUUCUCGCUGCAGCCUCUUCGUUUUGGGUUCCUGUUCCUCCUAAGACUGUUUUUGACUUCCUCAGAAAUGAACAGAAUCGACCUCAGUGGGAUGUUCUUUUUACUGGAGGGAAUGCUCAGAAGAUAGUAGAGAUUGCAAAUGGGAGAGACAGUAGGAACUGUGCAUCUUUACUCCGGAAUGCAAAUACUUUCCAGAACAAUAUGAUGGUAAUUCAAGAGACUACUACUGAUCCAACAGCUUCAUUUGUGAUCUAUGCACCUGUUGAAACGGAAGCAAUAGAGGCUGUUCUCAAUGGAGGGGGUGAUCCUGACGCUGUGGCUCUCCUUCCUUGUGGUUUUGCUAUCCUCCCCGAUGGUACGGUUCAGCCUGGAGGAAACGCAGGAGGAUCACUCCUGACCGUUGCCUACCAGAUGCUGCUUGAAACAGUUCCUACCGAUAAGCUGAGCGUUAGCUCUGUUGCAACCGUUGAGAAUCUGAUUCGUUCAACUGUGAUGAAUAUCAAAGAAUUGUUUCCUUAUCAGAAUCCUUGAACCACCACUUCCAUUCGGAAAGUAAGCUCAUGGGAAGAGUGGAGGAAGAAAAAGGGAGAGUGUUUGUGUUGAAGAUCGGUUUUUAAAGUUAGUUUGAGAGCUUCAAACAGGAAGGAGUCAAGAACGAACCUCAAAGAGAUUGGUUUUCUAAGAGGUUCGGGAUUUGACUUGCCCUGAAAUAUACCCAUUCAAGAUGGAGUCAAGAACUUUGUUAUUUCAUUUGGGUCUUUUUGUUUCUUGUUGGAACCUUUUGUUAUUUCAGUUGAGUCUUAUGUUUCCUUGUCUGUGUUGGAACCUUUUGAUACAUCAUUCUGAGUCUUUUUAUUUCCUAGUUGUUGUUUGAACCUUUAUGAAGUUUAUUGAGUACUCCUUUUCUCUAUUGGAGUUUCAAGUUUGGUUUUA